AUGGACUUUUUGAACAAAAUCAAAGUCAAUAUUGAUAUCAGAAAAGGAUUACUUAACUUUGAAUACAAUGAUCAAAAAGGAAAAGUACUAAUUAAAUUUAUUCAUAAUAAUAAAGAAGAAAUACUAUUUGAAGAAAUCAGUUCUGAAGAAGAAGAAUCAGAUGAAGAUUCUGAAAAAUUUAAAGAUGAUGAUAGUGUUGAAAUUAUUACUAAAGAAGCUUGGAUCCUUAUUGAAACUCCAACCCAAAGACUAAAAGAUGUUAACUUUGGAGAUAUACCUUUACAAAUUAUCCAAAGUAUUAAAAGAACUUAUGAGAUACAAGUCUAUCAAGAAGGAAUUAAAAUUAAAUGGAAGAGAUAUACUUAG